CCACUCAGCCUCUCACCUCCCUCGCGCCCUCUGCCUUGCCCACUGCCCCGCGCGCCGCCUCUUUGCUGCCUGCUUCAGUCGCGCGCUGCAUUCGCCAGGCACUGCGAGACACGUAUACCUCGCGCAAAGCCCAGCUUCAUACCCACUUGCGGCUUGCCGACCGCCGCGCCACCUCUGUCGCAGCCCGCCGCGGCCUCCUUCCAGCGGGCACCCUCUGCCGCCGCAUUCCUUCUUCCAUCGCCUGCUCGUCUCUGCCGCCAGCUAGCACGGAGGACUGCACUGAGAGACCCUGGCACACGCCGGCGCAGCGCGUCUCUCUCUCUCUCGCCGAGUCGCAGGGCUCUUCUACCCCGCACUGCGCCGGCGCGCGCACAGCUGUGCUGCACAAUGCUGUCCGAUCUUGACCGUCAAAUAGAGCAGCUCUCGCGCUGCGAGCCCAUCUCCGAGGCGCAGGUGCGCACCCUCUGUCUCAAGGCGCGCGAGAUUCUCGUCGAGGAGGCCAAUGUGCAGCACGUCGAUGCGCCCGUGACGAUCUGCGGCGACAUCCACGGCCAGUUCUGGGACCUCAUGGAGCUCUUUCGCGUGGGCGGCAUGUGCCCGCAGACGCAGUAUCUCUUCAUGGGUGACUUCGUCGACCGUGGCUUCUACAGCGUCGAGACCUUCCUCCUCCUGCUGGCGUACAAAGUCCGCUAUCCGGACCGCAUCACGCUCAUCCGCGGCAACCACGAGUCGCGGCAGAUCACGCAGGUGUACGGCUUCUACGACGAGUGUGCGCGCAAGUACGGCAGCGCAAACGUGUGGCGCUACUGCUGCGAGGUGUUCGACUAUCUGGCUCUGGGCGCCGUGGUGGAUGGCAGAGUGUUCUGCGUGCAUGGUGGCCUGUCGCCGAAUGUGGGGUCGAUUGAUCAGAUCCGGCAAAUCGAUCGCAAGCAAGAGGUGCCGCACGACGGCGCCAUGUGUGAUUUGCUCUGGUCCGAUCCGGACGAGAUCCAGGGCUGGGGCAUGUCGCCCCGCGGCGCCGGCUAUCUCUUCGGUGCCGACGUGGCGCUGCAGUUCGCGCAUGCAAACGGCCUCGAUCUCAUCGCCCGCGCGCAUCAGCUCGUGCUCGAGGGCUACAAGCUCAUGUUUGAAAACACCAUCGUGACGGUGUGGAGCGCGCCCAACUACUGCUAUCGCUGCGGCAACGUGGCCAGCAUCCUCAAGCUGGACGAGGCACUGAACUCGAAGUACGAGACGUUUGACGCCGCGGCGCAGGAGAGCCAGUCCAUCCCCGCAAAACGCACGACGCCAGAGUACUUUCUCUAGUCUCUUCCUCGGGGCCUUGCUCUCUCCCCUCUUCGUUGCUUCUCGCUCUGCCUCACAUUGUAACACUAGACGACUGCCUCCCUCUCAGCCACUGUAUGCCAUGCAACCUUUGCGCU